AAAAGUUAAAGAAGUUAAAGAAAUUAUCAUGAAAGAAACAUACUUGGUAUUUAUCUCAUAUUAUAUUAACUGAAUAUUAAGAAAAAGAUAUAAAAGUAACCCUAUUGUAUUAGAAAUAAAUUCAUUAAUAUAUUCGUUUGAUAUUAUGAGUGGUUACAAACAAAUAUUCCCUUGGUAAGAUAAAACUAAACCUAUUUCAGAGAAAAAAUGGUUAAAUAGAAUGCUGUUUUUAGAAACAGUAGCUGGAGUUCCUGGUUUUGUAGCUGCUAUGCAUCGUAAUUUAACUUCUUUAAGAAACAUGUAAAGAGAUUAUGGAUGGAUACAUACGUUAUUAGAAGAGGCAGAAAAUGAAAGAAUGCAUUUGUUGACUUUUAUGAAAGUCUAAAAACCUUCUCCUUUAUUCAGAAUGGGAGUAGUUUUUGCACAAUUUGGAUACGUCGGUCUAUUUAGUAUUUUAUAUAUGUUUUUCCCUAAGGUUUGUCAUAGAGUAGUCGGAUAUUUAGAAGAAGAAGCAGUUAAAACUUACACACAUUGUAUUGAAGUUUUAUCCCCGAUUUCGAAUUGGAAAACUAUAAUGGCAACAUAAAUUUCCAGAAAAUACUGGUGUUGGUAGGCUGUAUAUAAAGGAUAAUGGCUUAAUGGAAAAAGACAUGGAAGAGGAAAGUAAUAUUGGUCAGAUGGUUCUGUUUAUUAAGGAGAUUGGGAAAAUGAUAAAGCAAAUGGAAACGGACGAUUAAUCCAUGCAGACGGAGAUUAUUAUUAAGGAUAAUGGGUUAAUGAUAGAGCUUAAGGAAAAGGUAUAUUUGUACAUAUAGAUGGAUAAAUAUAUGAAGGAGAUUGGGUAGAAGAUAAAUAACACGGGUUUGGAAAAGAAUAAUAAUAAUAUUUUACAUAUGAAGGGUAUUUUUAUAAUGGAUUAAAACAUGGCAAAGGAAAGCUUGUUUGGAAAAAUGAAGAAGGAUCUUAUUACGAAGGAGAUUUCGAAAAUGGAAUGAUUUAAGGUUUUGGUACUCAUUAUUUUAAAGAUGGAAAAAAAUAUUUAGGUAAUUGGUAAAAUAAUAAAAUGAAUGGAUAUGGAGAACUUUAUUAUCAUAAUAAAAAAGUUUAUAAAGGCAAUUUUGUAGAUGAUUAAAAAUGCGGUUAAGGUGAAAUGAUUUAUCCUGAUGGAAAAAAAUAUGUUGGAGAAUGGAAAAAUAAUAAAUAAAAUGGUGAAGGAACUGUUGUUGCCCAUGAUGGUAGAAUUGGAAAAGGUUACUGGGUAAAUGGAAAAAGAAUGUAAAAUUCGUCGAGAAUUGACAAGGAUAAAAAUGAAGAUUAAUAAUAUGAUAACGAUAUAUAUUGA